UUUCGUUUUCGUGAAAUAAGUUGCUCAUCAAAAAUUAAAGAAUUUAGAAGAAUAGUUUAUUAUGAAAUAAAUGGCGACAAUUGUACCUAACAAUUUUUUGCCAGAUAGACUUGACUGCGUUUACACGAAAUGUUAUUGUGAAGAAAAUGUAUGGAAAUUAUGUGAUUUCAUAAAAGGCAGAACUCCAGAUGUUCUAUCCAACUGUUUCUGUGUUUUCAUCUCAAAUAAAAAAAGACAGAUACCUUUGUGGAGCCAGAAGCAUAGUAAAAGGGAUGAUAAAUUAGUUUUAUGGGACUAUCAUGUGAUAUUUGUCUUUAAAGAUAACCAUAAAGUUUUGGUAUAUGACCUUGACACAACCCUGACCUUUCCAUGCUCUUCAGAACAUUAUAUUAUCUCUGCUAUCAGAAGUGAAGAGAAUUUGAAUGAAGAUUUUAGAAGGUUAUUCCGAGUAAUUAGUGCUGAGACAUUCCUGAAAACUUUUGCAUCAGAUCGAUGUCAUAUGAUAAAUAUGAAAGAUGGUAACUACUUAUCUCCACCACCAGUCUAUCCUCCAAUCAAGACAGCAGAAAGCACCAAUAAUCUGGAAGAUUUUAUCUGUAUGGAUGAAGAUGUAGGUGUUGGAACUGUGAUGAACUACCAGCAAUUCUGUGAUAAAUUUUUACGAGUCUAACUUCAUAUUUUACAAUGAAGAAGAGACACUAGUUUUAUAAGCAAUUACAACUUUGUCAUAUGGAUUUAUAAUAUCUGGCCUUUCAGAAUAAAAUGUGUGUACAAUCUAAUUAUUAUGUUUGAGGCACUAGGAGGCAAAAAGGGAUUCCAGCAAGGGUCACUAUCCAGACAUUAUGUAAAUUUUGUAUGCUUUUAGUUGAAGUUGUGUUUGCUCUGUUAGUUUUGAAGUUGAUUUAUAUUGUUUGAAUGAAUUAGUGUUGUCUUAGUCAUAUUUAAUUCAUUUGUCAGGGUUGAUUUAUAUUGUUCGAAUAUAUUAAUGUUGUCUUAGUUAUAUUUUAUUCAAUUUAGCAGAAUUCCUGAUUCCUUGAAUUUUCUUAAUUUUUGAAUUUCAUAUCUCUCACCUUGUUAGACAGUAUUUUUCUUCAAAAUACUAGAAAUUGAUAUCUUUUUUCUUAAAAUAAAGUUCUCUUGUUGGUUUGAUGCAUGUCUAUUCAGUUAAACAAUUUAAAACUGAUUUGGUUUAAUCACCUUAUUGUUAUUUCUUGAAUAUGUACACCAGUCUGAUUUGAAUACAGUUAAUUUCUGUUAUGUUGAAAUUUUUGUUUAAACUUCAAAGGUCAGAUGAAUGAUUAUUUAUUUCUUAGUGUUCUUGAAAUAUUAUUAUGCAAAUAUUUUGAUAUAUGCCAAUGUUUAAAUCAUGUUAUAUACAAUUUUUGCUUGUUUAUUCAUACAUAUUUACUGUAAUACCUUUUCGAAAUAUGACUUGUUUACAAGAAGAUAUUCUGUAAGCUAAUCCACAUUAUUGAAAUGUAGGGCUGUGUAUUGCAACCCAAAAUCAUAUUGCAUUAUAUUGUAAAACCCUAUUUUUGAUAGAUGAGGUUUCAAUAGACACAAUAUUGCAUAUUACCAAUAAUUAACAUACACUUUUGUGAUGCUAUUGUCAACUGAUAGAAAGUGUGUUUUGAUAUAAAUAGAAUGAAAACCAUAAGAAAUGUAUUUGCAAACAAAAGUAGAGUGAAAAUAUUGAUAUGCCAAAUUACGUGUUUCAAAACACAUUGCAGAGGAUCUGUAUCAAUAUAUAUAUUGGCCCUAGUAACAUGCAAGAAACUGUCUUCCAAAUUUUCGAUGAAAAAGCCUAUUGGUUACAUUGAUGCCUUUAUAUGUAUAUUUAUAUUUCAAAGAAAGAAAUCACCUUUUAUGUGAUUUUUUAAAAAAUAUUUGUGCCAUGUGCAGACAUAGAAACUACUGGGUGCUAAAUCAUAAAAAAACAGUGAGAUUUAUUGAUUUGUAUUUUGGAACAGACUGGUGUCUUGCUUCUAUGGUUUCAUCUUUCUGCCUUUGCGAGUUGAAUUACAAAUAUUGUUAAAUUUUGAUGUAUAGGUGAAUAACAAAUAUUUUGUAUUUGGAAUCUCUAGUACCGGUAUAUUUACAUCAAUAAAAUAUUUUAAUCUUUAUAUAUAUAUAGUAAAUAUGUUGUGUUGUUUAAGUUACGAUUGUAUCUUUUUAAGAUUUAUACUGCUGCAUGUUGCAAAUGUAACUUAAUAAGCGACACCUCUCUUAUGGUAAAAAAUAAAGCAUUAAAUUGUUGAUGCGGAUCUAUAUUCAGUUUAUUUCAAUUAACUUAUGGUUAAAAUCUUCAUGUUAACCACAGCUGUUAAAGGUAUUUACCUCAAAUUUGUAUUUGAUUGAGGAGAGUUAAGGUACCUGAGCUGAAGGCUUCCAUUACUUCUUACACAAUUGGCUGUGUAUUGAUAAUAAAGUAUACAUUUUUGAGAAGCUGAGGAAAUGUGUUGUUAAAAUGUUUGACCGCAUGUAUAGAUUUAUCUAUUGUGAGAAUAAUGUAGACAUGACAAACAAAUUAUAGAAAAAUAACAUUUUUUCUUUAUGCUUAAUAAGGUACCUUAAUUUUAAGGUUGAUCUUUUACAUUAAAGUCUCUAAAUGCCAUUUAAGCAAUUACACAAUCCAUUGCAGACUAUGAUAUUAUGAAAGUUGAAUUUCUAAAGGUAAUAUUAGACGCAAAAUUGGUUUAAUUCUGUUCAGUAGUUACAAGGAUAUGAUGCACUGAAAAUUUGUCAAAAUGCUGCAUAAACGGGAUUUGGUCAAAAGUCAACUCAACCUAACUUGAGAUAAUUCCAAUUGGGAUGUUAUUUACAGUUGAUAUUUUGAUUUUGUUUUCUUAAUUAAAUGUUAAAUAACCAAUAUGAGUACAUUUUAGCUUGGAUUAAACAGUGGAAAAUUUUCCAUUUUCCAAAAAAUGCAAAUGACGCACAGAAACUUUAAGUUCUGAAUUGGGUAUUUAUUUCAGAGAGUUUUUGGGCAUAAGACUUCUUAAAAUUGAGAUGGUUUUCUACUAUAGCCUUUUAAUUGACUAAGUUUACCUUUAAAAUAAAUAAAUUAGAUUAGCUUAGGAGAAAAUUGUUAAUUUUACAACUGCAGUUAACUGAGGUGGUUAUCUACUAUAGCUUUUUAACUGAAUAAAGUUUAGCUUUAAAAUAUGAAAGGUAUACCUUAGAUUAAGAGAAAAUUGUAACUUUUACAACUGCAGUUAACUGAAUAUUUUAUUAGUAUGUGGAGAAUAUUGACUAUACUAAAAGUUUGUUUUUACCAUGACUUUAUCUGUCAAAUGGUAAAAGCAUCAUGUUGAAAUGAUUGAUUUUAUCCAUGAGAAAUUAAUUUAGAAAGAUAUCCUUGUCACAAAUUUUUUUUACACAAGAUUUAAUCAAAUUGACACUACUUAAUUAAUAUAUCACCCAAUUUGAAGAGGUGGCACCCUUUUACAGCUAAUUAAUGUGCAUAGUUGAUGUUUAAGUAUUUUAUUAUUAAGAAUUAUAUUAAAAAAAUUGG